CAGAAUUCCUCUGAGAGAGAAGACUGUAAUAAUGAUGAGCCCCCUAGGAAGAUCAUUCCUGAGAAGAAUUCGCUUAGACAGACCUACAACAGCUGUGCCAGACUGUGCUUAAACCAGGAAACAGUAUGUCUGGGAAGCACUGCUGUGAAGACUGAAAAUUGUGUGGCCAAAACAAAACUUGCCAAUGGCACUUCCAGCAUGAUUGUGCCCAAGCAAAGAAAACUGUCCGCAAGCUAUGAGAAGGAGAAGGAACUCUGUGUCAAGUAUUUUGAACAGUGGUCCGAGUCUGACCAGGUGGAGUUUGUGGAGCACCUCAUCUCCCAGAUGUGUCACUACCAGCACGGACAUAUAAACUCAUACCUCAAACCCAUGUUACAGAGGGACUUCAUCACUGCGCUGCCAGCUCGGGGAUUGGAUCAUAUUGCUGAGAACAUUCUGUCGUACCUGGAUGCCAAAUCAUUGUGUGCUGCUGAGCUGGUAUGCAAGGAAUGGUACCGGGUGACAUCGGACGGCAUGCUGUGGAAGAAGCUCAUCGAGAGAAUGGUCAGGACAGACUCCUUGUGGAGGGGCUUGUCAGAGAGGAGAGGAUGGGGACAAUAUCUAUUUAAAAAUAAACCUCCUGAUGGGACUGCGCCACCCAACUCCUUCUACAGAGCACUUUACCCCAAAAUUAUACAGGACAUAGAGACAAUAGAGUCAAACUGGCGGUGUGGAAGGCACAGUUUACAAAGGAUCCACUGCCGAAGUGAGACAAGCAAAGGGGUUUAUUGUUUACAGUAUGAUGAUCAGAAGAUAGUAAGUGGCCUACGCGACAAUACUAUUAAGAUCUGGGAUAAGAAUACUUUGGAAUGCAAGCGAAUUCUCACCGGACACACGGGUUCUGUCCUGUGCCUCCAGUAUGAUGAACGGGUGAUCAUUACUGGAUCUUCGGACUCAACAGUCAGGGUGUGGGAUGUGAACGCAGGUGAGAUGCUGAAUACACUGAUUCACCACUGCGAAGCAGUACUGCACCUCCGCUUCAAUAACGGCAUGAUGGUGACAUGUUCCAAAGACCGUUCCAUUGCUGUGUGGGACAUGGCUUCACCAACAGACAUCACCCUGAGGAGGGUUCUAGUAGGGCAUCGAGCUGCCGUCAAUGUAGUGGACUUUGAUGACAAGUACAUUGUAUCAGCGUCAGGUGACAGAACUAUAAAGGUAUGGAACACUAGUACCUGCGAAUUUGUGCGCACCUUAAAUGGCCACAAACGAGGCAUUGCAUGUCUGCAGUACAGAGACAGGCUAGUAGUGAGCGGCUCUUCAGAUAAUACUAUCAGGCUGUGGGAUAUCGAGUGUGGGGCAUGUUUACGAGUACUGGAAGGCCAUGAAGAGUUGGUGAGAUGCAUACGCUUUGAUAACAAGAGGAUAGUCAGCGGGGCAUAUGAUGGGAAAAUUAAAGUAUGGGAUCUUGUGGCUGCUUUGGACCCCCGUGCUCCAGCUGGAACCCUCUGCUUGCGAACCCUUGUGGUAAGAGCUUUUG